AAUUAAUAAAUUAAAACCCAAAAUAACAGAACUCAGCAGCAGGGAAAGAAGAAAAAAAACGCUGCCAAUUUGCUCUUGUUGUUUAUUGUUUAUCAGAAACAAGUUGGAUCAGAGUCGCACCAAACUCAACUCGCCGGAAAACACAGACGAAGUUGUUCAUCGCCGGUCAUCAGAAAAACAGUGAGAAAUUCCGUCCAAUUCCUUACCCUCUCCCCUGGUAAGCGGGAUGACGCGAUUUCAACACGAUUUGCCUCAUCAAUAACCGCCCCUGCAACAGGCUACGCGCCACAGGGACGCUAUUGCACCAUCAUCGAUUGAAGUUCACAAUGAGGCAUAGCCAUGGUUCAUUUCAUCCUCAUCUUUUAGAAAACAAACUCGCCGCUCAAGAAGCAGAAAUCGAGCGACUCAUUAGCGACAAUCGCCGAUUAGCAAACACACACAAAGCCUUAAGAGACGCACUUGUUUCCGCUGCACAAGAUGUGCAGAAGAUUAAGUCACACAUUAGAAGCACACAAACUGAAAGUGAUAUUCAAAUUAGAGUGUUGUUAGAUAAGAUUGCGAAAAUGGAGGUUGAUAUUAGAGCUAGUGAUAGUGUUAAGAAAGAGCUUCAACAGGCGCAUAUUGAGGCGCAGAGUUUAGCGGCAUCGAGACAGGAAUUGAGUGGGGAAAUUCAAUUGGCUACUCAGGAAUUGAAGAAGGUUAUUAGUGAUGUUAAGUGUUUGCCGGAUUUGCACGCUGAAUUGGAGAAUUUAGUGCAGGAGCAUCAGAGGAUACGUGACACAUUCGAGUACGAAAAGAGCAAAAAUGUUGAGCUAGUCGAUCAAUUGAAAGCAAAAGAGAAGAAACUAAUAGGGAUGGCAAGAGAAGUUGAAAUGUUGCGGGCUGAGAUUUCAAAUGCUGAGAAAAGAAUAAAUGCACCUAAUCUGUUUGGAGCUGUUACCCCAGCAGAUGGCAGUGGUGCCUUUCUUGAUCCUUAUGGGAGAGUUCAUGGUCAAAUGGCUUUUGGGCAAGUAGGAGAGUCUAUGGUACCGGUUGGCGACAGCAAUGGAGCAGGAGUUGUAAAUAGUAAUGAUGGUAGCGGUGCUGGUUGGGCAGGUCAAUAUGACCCAUCAGUUGCUGGGAGAUGAAGUUUAAUGAGUGAGGAUCAAUCAAAUGCAGCUUGAUUUCAGCUUUUAUUGGUACAAUGCAAUGAGGAUGUGAUGAUUUUAUUGAUGGCUCAUUUUCUUAAAACAUAAUGCAGUUCUGAGAAUUGUUGAAUUAGACUGCAAAUGAAGGGGUGGGUCAGAGAUAUGUCUCUCAAACAACUUAUGGUAGGUGAAGUUGUAAGUCUCGUAAGCAUAUCCAUGUAUUAGUGAGCCAUAUAUUAUUGAUUUUUAAGAUUUUAACCUGGAGGAAGCAAGCAAUCUUAUGAAACAUGCUUAGGAUUUGUUUUCCAUCAGAAAUGAUGAGACUGUUUGAAAAUCAUUAUGGAUACUAACGAGUACACUCAAAUCUUCUUUUCCUUUUGUGGUGCAUA